AAACAUGGCGGCCAUCGGCGUGCACCUGGGCACCACUUGCUGCUGUGUGGCGGUUUACAAGGACAGCCGGGCGGAUGUUGUGGCGAAUGAUUCGGGAGAUCGGGUCACCCCAGCAGUUGUUGCUUAUAGAGAAAAUGAAAAGAUUGUCGGCUUGGCAGCAAAACAAGGCAGAAUCCGGAAUGCGUCAAACACGGUCACAAAAGUAAAGCAGAUUCUCGGACGACAGUUCCAGGAUCCCCAAGUUCAGAAACACGUGGCUGAAAGCAAAUGUUCUGUGAUUGACAAGGACGGCAAACCUAGAUAUGAGAUUGAUACCGGUGAAGAUCUGAAGACCAUCACUCCUGAGGAGGUCACCAAGCUGAUUUUCGAGAAAAUGAAGGAAACUGCUCAUUCAGCUUUGGGUUCUGAUGUGAACGAUGUGGUUAUAACAGUCCCACUGGACUUCGGAAAGAACCAGAAAAAUGUUCUAAGACAGGCAGCCCAGGCAGCAGGGUUCAACGUCCUGCGAUUGGUUCACGAGCCGGCAGCCGCACUGCUUGCAUUUGGAGUGGGACAGGAGUCGCCUACAGGGAAAAGCCACGUGCUGGUUUACAAACUUGGAGGAUCGUCGCUGUCUGUGACAGUGGUUGAAGUGAACAGCGGCAUGUACAGGGUUCUUGCCUCUAACACGGACGACAGUAUAGGAGGAGAGUGUUUCACAGAGGCCUUGGCACACUACUUGUCUUUGGAAUUUCAGAGAUUGUUCAGACAAGAUGUCAAGCAAAACCCCCGAGCCAUGAUGAAGCUGGUGAACAGCGCUGAAGUGGCUAAGCAUGCUUUGUCGACCUUGGGAAGUUCAAACUGUUUUGUCGACUCUCUGCACGAUGGCUUGGACUUUGACUGUAAUGUGUCCAGGGCAAGGUUUGAAUCUGUGUGCUCAACGCUCUUUACUCAAAGUAUACAACCUAUUCAGAAGCUUCUGGAUGAAGUUGGGCUUGCUGGAAGUGACAUAUCUAAGGUGGUUCUCUGCGGAGGCUCGGCUCGGGUCCCCAAGCUGCAGCAGAUGAUCCGAGAGCUGCUCCCAGACGUCGAGCUCCUGAACUCCAUCCCCCCGGACGAGGUCAUCGCCAUGGGCGCCGCCACCGAGGCCGCCAUCUUGCUGGGAAAGGAAAGCAUCGCGCCCGAGGAAGACACGGUCACCGUGGAGUGCUCUGCCCGGAACAUCCUCGCCAAGGAGACUGACGAUGCAGGGACUGACGUGUACACUGUCGUUUUCCCAUCGGGCACGCCACUGCCGGCUCGAAGACCCCACACUUUUCAGGCUUCGGGGGACCUUUCCUCAGCCUGUCUUGAGCUGUAUGAGUCUGAGGACAAAGGCUGCAAGCAGGAGACCAACAAAGUGGCCCAGAUUGUGCUGAAAAACCUGCAGAAGAAGGAGGACGGCCCUCACAAUAUCGUAGCUGUACUCACCAUGAAGAGGGACGGAUCGUUGCACGUCACCUGUACGGAACAAGGAACGGGCAUUUCAGAAAUGGUCACCAUCGAUGCCGUGUCGUAGUAAUGUCGGGGAAGAAAUCAGGACUGUUAUAAUAGAGACACACCGAACAGAGACACUUAGCUCCUGUCAGUGUUUCUGGGACUAUGUGAAAAUUAGGUCUCCAGAAUAAACCUCUCCAUCCUC